AUGAGCUCCAGCCACCACUUCAGCCACAUCCCCUCGGGCUCCCUCCAUGGCGCAGGAGGCGGCUGGAGCUGGCCAGGGGGCUUCCCCCGGGCUCCCAGCGUCCACGGGGGUGCAGGGGGUGUCCGCAUCUCCCUUUCCUUCGCCUCGCCAGGCUGCCUGUCCCCUGGAGGGUCUUGGGGGUCUGGAAAAGGCAGCUCCCUCCCAGGCGGAAACGGGAAGGUGAUGAUGCAGAACCUCAACGACCGCCUGGCCUCCUAUCUGGACAAGGUGCGCGCCCUGGAGGAGGCCAACGAGAAGCUGGAAAGUCGCAUCCUGAAAUGGCAUCAACAGAGAGAUCCCGGCAGGAAGCAAGAUUAUUCCCGGCACGAGGAGAACAUCAGCAGCCUGCAAGAACAGGUGGUGGACGGCAAGCUGAGCAACGCGCGGAUCGUCCUUCUCAUCGACAAUGCCAGGAUGGCGGUGGACGACUUCAGCCUCAAGUAUGAAAACGAAUGCUCCUUUAAGAAAGACUUGGAAAUUGAAGUUGAGGGUCUCCGAAAGACCUUGGAUGACCUGACCAUUGUCACAACAGACCUGGAACAAGAAGUCGAGGGGAUGAGAAAAGAGCUCAUCCUCAUGAAGAAGCGCCAUGAGCAGGAGAUGGAGGAACAGCACGUGCCAAAUGACUUCAAGGUCAAUGUGAAAGUGGAUAAAACGCCAGGGGAAGAUCUGGUUAAGAUCCUGGAAGAUAUGAGGCAGGAAUACGAGUUUAUGAUAAAGAAGAAGCAUCAAGAAUUGGAUGCUUGGUAUAAAGAGCAGUCCGCAGCCAUGGCCCAGGACGCUGCCGGACCACCAGCUGUGCAGAGCAACCAAAGUAACAUCCACGAGCUGAAGCGCACCUUCCAGGCCCUGGAGAUCGACCUGCAGGCCCAGCAUAACAGGAAAUCUGCUUUAGAAAACAUGUUGGCAGAGACGCGGUCUCGGUGCUCCUGCCAGCUCCAGGACAUGCAACAGAUCAUCUUGCACUACGAGGAGGAACUCAUGCAGCUGCACCACGACCUGGAGCGGCAGAACUGCGAACACAAGGUCCUUCUGGGCAUCAAAACCCACCUGGAAAAGGAAAUCUCCACCUACCGCCAGCUGCUGGAGGGAGAGAGCCAAGGGACAACAGAGGAAUCUAAGCUGAAUGUGGAAGCGUCUGCAGCUCCAAAGAUCAAGGCCAUCACACAGGAGAGCAUCAAUGGAAGAAUAAUUUAUUCCCAAGUGAAUGAGAUCCAGAAGUGUGCAUGAGGCUAAUAGAAGUUUCUGCCUGUUGUAAAAACUCGGUUUCCGCAAUGGAAAGUCCUUGCCCAGACACAAAUGGGUGAGUCCCAGGAGGUGUCCUUAGAGCUGUCAAACUCAGCAGCCUUUUUUCUCUAACACUCUCACCAGAGGUUCCAUAAUGAUCUUAAUGUACCGCUGACCUUUUUGAAUCAGAGUAUGAGUUCAUGAACUUAAAGCUUUACUUUCCUACUGCGAUCUUCAGAGUCCCAUCAUUGUGUAUCUGUUUUGCAGCCAAUAAA